AUGACUCACGAUUAUGUACAAUUUAUUUGUCCAUUUCUUGGUAAUACGCAAUGGCUGAUUCAAAUAUUUCGAGCAUAUGGCGCUCGUAUUGGUGAGAAUAGUAUAGUGCCUGAUAUAUCCUAUAUUGUCGAUUAUCCUUUGGUGACUAUUGGAGAUAAUGUCCGAGUUCAUGUGGGUACACAGAUACAGGGUCACAGUUUCGAACAGCGUAUUUUAAAACUAGCUCCUGUAUCAAUCGGUAAUUCAUGUGUACUUAUGAGUGGCUCCAUUGUAAUGGCAAGUUGCAAACUGAUGGGUAACAAUCGUCUUUAUCCCAUGACAUUAAUAAUGAAAAAUGAUCAAUUAUCACUGAAUACUCACUGGAAGGGAAUUCCUGCACAAUCUUAUACAGCAAAUGCAAGAUUAAAACGGCCGACAAUAGUUCAUGACAAUCUAGCAAAAUAUCAGCCAAGAUACGAGAACAUUAACAAAUUGUUUCUCUGGUACGAACGAAUUGCAAGUAUUUAUACGAGUGUAAACGACUUACAAUUUAUGAAUUAUGGCUAUGCCGAUAUGGAUGAAUAUAUUGAUGAUCAUACUGGCUAUUAUUCAAGAAAGCUUUAUGAACAGGUUCUUGCAAGUAUGACAGUAACAGAUAAGAAGGUCCUCGAAAUUAAUUGUGGCAGAGGUGCUGGUGCUGCAUGGUGUGUUCAUACUCAUGCAUUUCAUUCUUACAUUGGAAUAGAUCCAUCUCAAGAUGUCAUUAACUUAUGUCAACGACUUUAUUCGACAGUUCCUCGACUUUCUUUCGUAGUAGCUGAUGCAACAAAACAUUUACCAUUUGAAAAUGAGUCAAUUGAUAUUAUUCUUUGUAUUGAAACAACACAUGCUUUUGGCGAAUCAAUAGCAAUCACACAGUUUGCUAAUGAAGUCACUCGUGUACUUCGUCCAAAUGGAUAUCUUCUAUGGUGUGAUUUUUGUUACAUGAAUGGAUCAGAUACAUCAAUUUAUGAUCUGAUAGCAAAUAAUGACUUAAUCAUUGAAGAAAAGAUUAAUAUUACAAAGAAUGUUCUUCAUGCACUUGACAUUUAA